AUGAGCGACAGAAAUUCUACUGAAGAUGAAGAAAAAACUUCCUUGUCCACAAGCACGACCAUAUUCUUAUAUAUCUUUAUACCACUCAUUACUUCAGUCACUGUCCUUGGUAACAUUAUUGUCAUUUUAUCUUUUAUUAUUGACAAACGACUAAGAAACCAAAGUAACUUUUUCCUCCUUAAUCUGGCUAUCUGUGAUUUUUUUAUUGGUGCAUUUUGUAUACCUGUGAGUGCCUCAUUUAUCAUAACUGGCAAAUGGACACUUGGUAACUUCCUCUGCAAGGUUUGGUUAAUAGCAGACAACCUUAUGUGUACUGCUUCAGUGUUUAAUAUCGUUCUCAUCAGUUACGACAGGUUUUUGUCUAUUACCCUGGCAGUGACAUACCGUUAUCAACAAAACAACCAUAGGCAGACUGUUGUGAAGAUGGCCACAAUCUGGGUGCUGUCCUUCCUUCUCUACAGUCCAGCUAUUAUUGUCUGGGAUUAUGUGUAUGGUGACAACAACACUCCUGAAGGUCAGUGUUUAGCGGGAUAUUACUACAACUGGCACUUCCUUCUUGGGGCCUCAACUUUUGACUUCUUUCUUCCACUGAUAAGCAUUUCAUUUUUUAACAUUAGCAUUUACUGGAACAUAAAACUACGAAGCCGGAAAAGAAGUCAUGCUCUUUCUUCACAUCCUCCCCCCUCCUUCCCCCCCUCCCUCACCACCUCUCCCCCCCCUCCUCCUCCCCCCUCUUUUUAG